AACACACACAAAAAAAAAAAAAAUAAAAAUAAAAAACCUCCGGCCCUUCUCCCUCUUUCUCCGGACUACCUCCCUCAGUUGGCGGUCAUUCAUUCUAAUUAUCUCUCUGUUUCUAUUUUUAUUUUUAAAAUAUUGCAAAUCCUGUCCAUUAGGUUAUACAUCAAUUUUAUAAGCUAAAGCCUUUGCUAUGAAAAAAAGCGUUACCUUGGGCAAAAAGAUUAAAGAUUUUGCAGGUGGAAAUUGAGGAAGAUUCUAAGAUGCUUGUACAAAUUAUCACUAGGCAAGGUGUUGUACCGUGGAGCUUACGAUCACUUCCAUAAAAUAUCUGGCGAUUUCUUGGAAAUUUCAGUUGUGACUAUCAAACAUAUUUAUAGAGAAGCUAAUGUAGUUAUUGAUCAGUUAGCUAAAAGAUGACAUGUGUAUAAUAAUUCAUCUAUUUGUUUAGUAAUUUCCCUUUGGAUGUAAUUACUAGAGUCUAUUUUGAUAUGUAUGGUAAGAUCCCAAGGGGAUCUCAUCUGUUUGAAAAAAAGAAAGAAAGAAAGUUUAAAGACCUUAAAAUGAUUAAGAAUAAAAAAUGGAGCAAACACUUCAUAAAGAAAAGAAAACCCUUCAAUUCCAUCGACUUGGGGCGUGUUUCUAAUUUUCCAAUCUGCAGGUUACACGUGUCUUUCAUAAAACCACUUAAUCAAAAGAACAAAAAUAUCAAUGAAACACCAAUUUUCUUUAUGGGUCUAUAUAUAUCCAAUUUUUUCAUCUUCCUUCCAUAAAAAGAGAAAAGGAAAAAAAUCUUUUCAUCUUCCUAAAACCCCAAGGUCGGUGUUCUGUUGUCUGGGGGCAUCCAUAGAGAGAGCACUCGCUAAAGAGUUUGAAAUAUCUCAAGUUUCUGAAGAAAUGGAUAUUGCAAAGUUGAAACAAAAUGUGCGUGACCACCUGGAGAAGGUAUUCUUGGAGCAGGAUAAAGCCUUAGCCAAAUCUGAAGUUCAAAAGAAUGAUAAUAAGAAAAAGCUUGAGCAUAUUGAGGCACAUAAGAAAGAGCUCAUGAAAAAGCUUGAGCAGAGUGAAGCCGAGAAGAAUGAACUACAGGAAAAGCAUGCGCAGAGUGAAGCCCAGAAGAAGGAGCUUCAGAAAAAGCAUGAGCAGAGUGAAGCCCAGAAGAAGGAGCUUCUGAAAAAGCAUGAGCAAAGUGAGACUCAGAAGAAAGAGCUUCAGAAAAAGCAUGAGCAGAGUGAAUCGCACAAUAAAGAUCUUCAGAAAAAGCUUGAUCACAGUGAAGCUCAGAAGAAAGAGCUUCAGAAAAAGCUUGAGCAAAGUGAAGCACAAAAGAAUGGGCUUCAAUUUCGUAAGCAGCGUGAGAUACAACUAAUGAAACAAAUGUAUGAGGAAACUGUCAUAGAGAAAAGGAUGACUGAUGAAAAGAUGAUAGAGAAAAAGAAAGAAAAUGAGAAACUUCAAAGGAAAAUAAUUGAAUUGGAAGAGUUGUGUGAUCAAGACAAGGAUCAAGCUGAGGUUAAGGAUGUGAAGAAGGAAAAAACAGAUGAGGAUGAUGAGGACCAAGAGCAGGAUCAUGAUGAGGUUAACGAUGAUGAGGAUUAUGAGGAUGAGGAUGAGGACCAAGAGCAGGAUCCGGAUGAGGUUAACGAUGAUGGUGGGAAUGAGAAGAUGAAGAAAAUUCGAAAAAAGUUAAAGCAGACGGAAGAGGAGUUGGAAUAUGCUGAAGCUCAUAACCAUAAACUUAUUGCAAAGGAGUCUGAAUUAGAGGAGGCUCGUAAGGAGUUAAUCUCUGGAUGGGAUUCAGCAAGUCGUGCUUUUAUUGGCGUGAAGAGAAUGGGAGAGCUUGAAAGCAAACCAUUUCAAACUGCAUGCAAGAGAAAAUAUCCUAUGGAUGAAGCAGAUGACCAGGCAGCGGCACUAUGUUCUCUGUGGGAGAGUUAUCUUAGGGAUUCUUGCUGGAAACCAUUCAAAACUAUAAGGGUAGCCUUUCGUCAACAACCAAAGAUAACUAUUGAUGAGGGAGAUGAAAAACUGAAAAAAUUAAAGGACGAGUUUGGUGAUGAAGUCUACAAUGCUGUGACAACUGCCUUGCUGGAAUCGAAAGAGUAUAAUAGUCACCAUUGGAGGUAUACAGUAUCAGAAUUAUGGAACUUUAAACAAGGGAGGAGAGCAUCAUUAAAAGAGGGUGUCUCGUAUUUACUGAAGCAGUUGAAACUGCAGAAAAGGAGAAGAUCAAGCUGAAGGCAUUGUGGAAAGAAGAUGGAGUGCUGAAAGAGCUUUGGUUACUGUCAAGAGUCAACUGGCUGCUUCUUAAUGUUUAUAUUCUAUUUUUGCUCAUCUGUUAUGUGAUGAAUAGAUUAAAACUUAAGAAUUUUCUUUUGGCAUCAGAUGUUGUGAGAGACUUGUAUGUAUAGGGAUCAAGUCAAGCAGUGGUCCUCUUUACAUUUGCAUUUUUCUUUAGUUUUAUAUCUGCGCUUCUUCUUCUAAAUCUCACCCAUCUAGCAACCAAUGACCUAAAUGAAAAGGGUUAGCUUUUAGUAUAAAUGUGAUUAUUUCACACGAAGCUUUCUAUCCUAAACAAUCUACCUCUAGCACAGAAAUUGUCAAGAUUUUUGUAGUUGCAUGAUGUUCUUGCGUAACUAAAUACAGUCUUUCAAUUCCAUUAACAAAAAUACAGUUUUUCCAUAGAAAGAGACCCUCCGUACUCGCUUUUAAGGCCAGCACGUUCGAAUUCUCAAUAAAACAACAAUCAGAUUAGAAUCCAGGCCGGAGAUAUAACAAAAGCAAGUUAAACUUCUGGGAAUUUUGUAAGGCUGUUUAGUAGAAAACGAAGAGUUACUGACAAAUCAAUUAUAGGAACAAAACAAAAUACCCAUCAUCUCUGGUAGCUUUAACCUAAAUUCCAGACUUUUCAUUGGUACCCAAGUUUUUGCUUUGUUUCCAUAACCCUAGUAAUAAUUCUGAAUUGUUAGGUAGAAGAUAAGACUGGCUUCUACAAAUGGAUGAUCUCAUUGCUGAAGAAGUGUUUGUGUGGCCUUGUAGGCAUUGGGGCAAACAUUAAAACUGAAUUAAAAAAUGGGAAACAAGUUAUGGAAAGUGGUUCAAAACUUAGUCCACUCCCAUCAAGUUUCCUACACUUUUCUUUUCACUUAUUUGAUAUUCAAUUAGACCUUGAAGUUGUUCAAAUUUAGCCUGCAUUUCUCUCUCUUCUUUUGUCUAGUUCUCUCCUUUGCUAAUCUUCUGUGUAAUUUGAUCGAAGUAUUCUUGGCAGUUAGUAUAUAGUGUUCGCUGACAGAGUUCUUUUCUCUUUCAGAAUGAGAAGGCUACCUCAAUGCAAAAGAAGGCCGACAAAAAUCUGCUAUGGUUAGCAGAACACAUGAGAGAAAAGGAGAAACUAAACAAUUUUGUGCAAAAGCAGCUGGAUGUCAAACAGUCACUGGAGCUGGAGACAAAGCGUCUGAGAGGUGCUUUUGAAGUGAUGAGACUACUGGAUGAUCAAGAUGACGAUUUCGAAGUGAUGACAAAGAUGGAUGAAAUUCAAGAUGAGUUAAGGGAGAAGGAGGAGGAGUUGACGAUGCUGAAGAACUUUAUAGAGCAUUCAUUGUUGAGGAGCGGAAGGAAUAAUGAUGAACUGCAGGAUGCUUGUUAGGAGUUAAUCAGUGUUUUUAAGGAUAUGGAUGAAGAACUGGCUGGCCAGACUUGUAUAAGAAUAGUAUACAGAAUAGAGAAGAAGUGGGUUUAGCUUCGCCAAAGUCCAAGUCUGAAUUAU